GUAUAUCUGUUGGUGUUGGUUAACGUUGAGCUGUUAGUGUUGGGAAAAAAACAAUGGCUAUGGAGUCAAAUUUAUUUUUGGUUUUUCUGUUGUCAUUUUUUUUAUAUAAAAAUGCAAAAGCGGAAAUUAGUGGACUCUUGUUAGAUGAGCAACAGGAUAUGGAUAUGGAAUUGCCGCCGCACAUUAACGGAAAAGAAUUUCCAGCUAUACCACAAAACUCUUUGUUAACGCAUCCGAGAUUAAAAUGUUUUGCGUGUGAACCACCCUGUCUCGAUCCGAAUCAACACGCCCAUACAUGCCAGAAUGCCAUACAGUGCUGGAAAUCACGUACACGUGAUGCCGUUGGUCAGGAGCUAGUGUCGCGCGGCUGCACCAAAUCCCAAGAUCAGCUGCCGUUGAUUUGUAAUCAGAAUGCUUUGAAUAAGUUCAACGGCCCCUCGAAACGCAAUACAGCAAAGUUCAUAAAUAUCGUUUGCUGUGCAAGCGAUUUUUGCAAUGAUGGCGAAUUCCCCGAGUUGCCACCUUUUGUCCGCGGCGAUGUGGUGAUCACAGCCGACAGCAGCAACAUAAGCAAAAUGGCCGCUGCAAUUUUGGGACCAUUUAUAAUAAUCACACUUAUGGGCGUUGUGGCGGUGUACUUUAUGCGUCGCAGCCAUCGCAAGCGACUUGCGGCAACGCGCAUUAAACAGGAUCCGGAAUCGUAUUUGGUUAACGAUGAAUUGCUGCGCGCCACUAGCGCCGGGGAUAGUACUUUGCGUGAAUAUUUGCAGCAUUCGGUUACUUCCGGUUCCGGUUCAGGACUGCCAUUGCUGGUGCAACGCACGUUGGCCAAACAGGUGACAUUGAUUGAGUGCAUUGGUCGUGGCAAGUACGGUGAGGUGUGGCGCGGCCAUUGGCACGGCGAAAGUAUUGCCGUCAAAAUAUUUUUCAGUCGUGAUGAGGAGUCUUGGAAACGUGAAACCGAAAUCUAUAGCACUGUUUUGCUGCGCCACGAGAAUAUCCUAGGCUUCAUUGGCUCUGACAUGACCUCACGUAACUCCUGCACCCAGCUCUGGCUGAUGACUCACUACUAUCCGCAAGGCUCGCUCUUCGAUCAUCUGAACCGCAAUGCACUUAGUCAUAAUGAUAUGAUUUGGAUUUGCUUGUCGAUUGCAAAUGGACUCGUGCACUUGCACACUGAAAUCUUUGGCACUGAGGGCAAGCCGGCAAUGGCACAUCGUGAUUUGAAAUCGAAGAACAUAUUGGUCACUGCCAAUGGAACUUGUGUUAUAGCUGACUUUGGUCUAGCAGUUACGCACUCGCAUGUCACAGGACAAUUAGAUUUGGGACAUAAUCCAAAAGUGGGCACUAAGCGGUAUAUGGCACCGGAAGUACUGGAUGAGAGCAUUGACAUGGAGUGCUUUGAGGCACUACGUCGCACUGAUAUUUACGCCUUUGGCUUGGUUCUUUGGGAGGUUUGUCGCCGCACUAUUUCGUGUGGUAUUGCUGAGGAGUACAAGGUACCCUUCUAUGAUGUGGUGCCCAUGGAUCCCAGCUUUGAGGAUAUGCGCAAAGUUGUCUGUAUUGACAACUAUAGACCAUCCAUACCUAAUCGCUGGAGCUCAGAUUCUCUUCUGGCUGGUAUGUCCAAGCUAAUGAAGGAAUGCUGGCAUCAGAAUCCGAAUGUUCGUCUGCCAGCAUUGCGCAUUAAAAAGACUAUACAUAAAUUAGCUUCCGUUGAUGAGAAGAUACGUUUAGACUUUGAUGAAGUAUGCGUUUAGUAGUUUGUUUAAUGUUUUAGGAACUUAAGUUUUAUUUUUAAUUAGUCUUAAGCGACAUUAGUUGAGUUCAUUUUGCUAGAAGGCU